CACAAUAUUUUUAAAAUGACCACACCAAACAAGACACCUCUUGGUGCUGACCCAAAGCAGUUAGAAAGAACUGGAACAGUACAGGAAAUUGGAUCACAAGCUGUUUGGUCCCUCUCAUCUUGCAAACCAAGAUUUGGAGUGGACCAAUUACGUGAUGACAAUCUAGAAACUUACUGGCAAUCAGAUGGCUCCCAGCCCCAUUUAAUGAACAUCCAAUUCAGCAACUUGAAUUGGUGGAACCAAGUGGUUGGAUUCACGUUCCUUUAACUGAUAAUCAUAAGAAGC